UGAACUGUCUCUUCUGUGCCACUGCGGCAGUCGCGGGAGGAGAGAGCUUUGUUUCCUGUGCGCCGGCUACCGGCCUGUCGCCACAAUAUAUGUACUAAUGUCUUUUUCCUGUUGCUCCUACUGGGCUGGGCCAAGGGUCCCUAGUCUGUAGACAAUAGACACACAGACAAUGUGUGUUUGUUGUUUUAGCUGAUACAAACACAGUGAAGGUGUACAGAGCUACUGGAAGCUCCCUGGAUCUAACACUGAACUAUUCAAAACAAUCAGUGUCAUCAGUCAGGUGGAAGUUCAAUGAGAAACAGUUUGCUGGGUAUUCUCAGAAGCAGUACUCACACCAGAAUUCCCAGUUCACUGAACGGCUAAAGGAGGAUAAUGAUAAAGUUGGAAUAACUGUACAAGAUCUUCAACCCCAAGACUCUGGGAUAUUCUCAGUAGUUGUAGAUGGAACUGAAAGACAGUAUCCAACACAGAUGUUUACAGUUUAUAUUCAAAUUCCCAUAACAGCUGUGCAGAUUGAGAAGAAUCAGACGUGGAGAUUGUCCACAAACAGCUGUGAUGUUGAUGUGAAGUGUGCAGCGCUCGGAGUUGAGAAGGUCUCCUACCUGUGGAGCGGCUAUAAGACUGGAAGUGGAGCUCAGCUGAAGUUCAGUCUUUCACCAGCAGAAGGAGCUGUUACACUGAACUGCACUGCAGCUAACAACGUCAGCUCCAUUUUAGCUACAGAGAUACUGAGCUGUAGCACUGAACAUCAAGAAACAGUGUUUGCAGAAGGCAUACCACAGUGGAUUGUAAUAGCAGGAGUAGCUGCUGCCCUUUUGCUUAUCGCUUUUAUUGCUGCUCUGUGCUGCUGUUGGAGAUCUCACAAAGGUGGCAGUGUUGAAGACAGUGGAACAACAGUGUAUGCAGACGUCAAUACUCAAGUCACAGCUCAGAAAAAUCAUCGGUCAGAAAGUGUUAUUAAUGGAAUGACGGUUUACGAAACGGUGGAUGACCUCAGAGUGACCCCAGAAAUGACUAUUUACGCUAAAGUGACACUUCCUCAACAUGCAAAGAUCAGCUCUACUUCUUCCUCACCAUACCAGCAAGUUUGCUAAACUGUAAAGACAUCAACAAAUCUUACUUUCCUUGUCAAUUAUUGUGUGUGUACUCUCCUUUCGUUCAUAUGUUCAUACAAUCUUAUAAGCUGUGUUAUACAGAUUUGCCUUAUUUUCUAAUGUCAUGUUUAUUUCAGCUUAAGUAUCAGGUACAAUCCUAAUGCAUAUACUUUAGAGGCCAGGAUAUUAAUAGUAUCCACCACUGUACAUUGAUGCAUUGAUCCUAUACACUCAUUUUAAUUAAAUAUCAUGCAAAAUAUAUUAUUUUCAGUCUGGCAAUAGUCCUGUAGGAAUCUGAAAAUGUGUAAUGCACUCAAUGACAAAUGAAGCUCUCUGUGCUAUAGAAAGGCUACUGCCAUUAUUACAGCAACACCAAAAGACUUCAGAUUGUUACUAUUUUCUAUUUUAAUACCUAUGCCCUGCUUUCAUUUAGUCUUCAAGUAGGAGUCUGUGUCUCCUCUUAGGAACAUAAUACAGUUGAGGUCAUAAAUUUACAUACCCCUUGCAGAAUCUGCAAAAUGUUAAUUUAUAGAAAGGAAAAAAAAAAAAAGUAUAGUGCACAAGACACAAUGACCAAAUUUACACAAAAAUCAAGCAGUUCAAACGUUUACACACGCUGGAUUCUUAAUACUGCGUGUCGUUACCUGGAUUAUCCACGACUGUUUUUAUAUUUUGUGAUAGUUCAGGAGCCCCUUGUUUGUCCUGAGCAGGUAAACUGCCCACUGUUCCUCAGAAAAUCCUUGAGGUCCUGCAAAUUCUUUGCUUUUCCAGCAUCUUCUGCAUAUUUGACCCCUUUCCAUCAGUGGCUAUUUGAAGUUGAGAUUCAUUUUUUCACACUGAGGACAACUGAGGGAUUUGUACUCAACUAUUACAGAAGGUGCAAACGUUCACUGUUGCUCAAGAAGGCAACAUGAUACAUGGGGGGGGGGGGACUUUUGAACAGGAUGAUUGGUGUAAAUUGUUAUUAGUAUGUUUAAAGAUUUUUCUUUUUCAAUUAAGUACUGCUCUUCAGAAUGUACAUAAGAUAUUUACAUGUUUCCCAGAAGACAAAAUAAUAUCAAUUUACACAUAUAAUAUAAAUCAGACAUUGGUAUUGACUCAAUAAAACUGCACAGCUAAAGAAAUUGUAAUAUUCCAAUCCAUAAAAAAAGUUAUGUGCAAUAAAGUGGAAUGAUACAAGGAAAAAGUAUUGAACACACUAACUGGAAUUUAUUUAAUACUUAAUGGAGAAGCUUUUGUUUUCAAUAACAGCUUCAAGAUAGCUUCCACUUCACUGUAGGUAUGGUAUUUUUAGGGUCAUAUGCAGAGCCAUUUCUCCUCCAAACAUGAUGUGUGACAGCUUGCAUUCAGAGGUAGGUAUGUGAGUACUAACCUACCAACAUGCACUAACCCAGCUUAUUUUAAUUAGCACAAGUAUGAAAAGUAAUUAGAAUAAUCAGCCAGGUUUAGUGCUUAUUUCUUACCAUGUUCAAUACAGUAAGUACAGUUGUUGUUUUUUCUUGUGAUUCCACUUUAUACGUUUUUUAAGGAUUGGAAUAUUAUGAUUUCUUUAGCUUUGUAGUUUUGCUGUGUGUGACAAAUGUCUACAUUUCAUGUUGUUUAAUACAAACGUUGUUGACAUGUUGAAUACUUAUUUCCCCCACUGUAAAUAAUCCCAAAAUUAACUGUACAAUGUGCUAUAUAAACUUGACCAUUCAGAAUGUUAAUAAUUAAUGCAAAUAAAGUUAUUAAUAGUUGGUUUUAUGAA